AUGGCUACGAGAAAUUUGUUAUUUCAAGUCCAUCAUGGUGGGAUAAUUGAUAGGCGGCAGAAUGGGGAAUAUGUUGGGGGUAAGACUGAUGUGUACCAUGAACCAUAUGAUGAGGAUCAACUAUCAUGGAUUGAGAUACAGACGAUUAUGGCCAAGUAUGGUUACCAUCCAGGUGACCUAGUCUACUAUAGACACCCUAGCUUGAGGAUGCACAAUGGUCUUAAAUUGCUUACAUCUGACCAUGAUGUGCUGUCUAUGGUGGCUGCGCUUCAGGAUCAACAAGUGGCUCAUUUGUAUCUUGUGUCUCAUUCUCGAACUUCAGUGCACCAGUCUUCUUUGCAUGAUCAUCAUGUCGAGGAGGAUGUGAGUGAGGAUGAGGAGGAAGCAGAAGCACGUCGCCUUGGACUUAAUGAUCCAUUUUGGAAAGAAGUGUUGAGUAGUGAGGAUGAGUUGUAUGACAUUGAUGUCAAUACAGUGGGAACAUCGAGGUCAAAGCCUGCACAACCAAGGAGUAAAGGUGUUGAGUCUCAAGUGACAGUUGAUGAUAAAGAGCCACAAUCUUCCUCAGAUGCUGAGGAUGAGGAGGAUGAAGGGAGGAAUCAAGACAGAAGUGGUCCAAGGUGGCCAGAGGAGGAUGACAUAGGUAAUUGUUCUGAUAUGACACCAAGUGACGUCCUUCAAUCUCCUGUCCAUAGUGGUGACGAAGGACAUCAUGAUUUUAAGUUUCCCGAGUUUCAAGCUGUUGACUUGGAGAAGCCAAAAAUAUCUGUUGGAAUGAAGUUUGGAUCUACAGCACAGUUUAGAGAGACAAUAAGGAGGUUGAACCUAAAUAUAGGUAAAUCGAUAAAAUUUGCAAAGAAUGAUGGGGAUAGGGUUACUGUUGUCUGCAAUACCCCUAAAUGUCCUUACCGGGUUUAUGGGUCUUGGAUUAGAGGGCAACAAACUUUCCAGAUAAAGUAUAUAAACCCAAGACAUGAUUGUAGUAGGAGUUAUAAGAACCCUAUUGUCACAUCAUCUUGGAUUGCAGAUAAGAUGAUGCCACUGUUUAUAAGCCAACCUAAUGUGCCUAUCAAAGCACUUACUGAUGAGAUUAAGAGAAAGUGGGGAGUGGAAGUUCCUAAAAUGAAGUUGUAUCGUGCUCGAGUGAAGGCUCAGUUUACCAUAUUUGGCAGCCAUAGAGAACAGUAUGCCAAGGAUUGGCAGCCUGUAGAGAGGGUUUUAAGGCUGGUUGUAGACCAUUGA